AUGGCUGGGGCUUUAGUUCAGUCAACCGGUUUACCUUUUUCAGUUACCAGUGCAAGGAACGGACAGUGGAGUACUGAAAAAACCAAAAGAACAGUGACAGUGCUAUGUAACUUACAAACAACUUCCUUAAGGAUGAGUAGUUUCUCAGGACUGCGAACAUCUAAUGCAUUGGACUUGUUGAAACAAACUGGCCAGACACUGCAAUCAAAGAUAGCAAUUGUCACCUCUUUUAACCGAGGAAGAAAAGGCCGAAUUGCACCACGAGCCAUGUAUGAGCGCUUCACGGAGAAAGCAAUUAAAGUCACAAUUACAUUGGAUCAGAGCACUUGCUGCUGGGAUUACUUCGUGAGGGUGAAGGUGUGGCAGCCCGUGUUCUUGAGAAUUCAAGUGCUGAUCCUAGUUAUUAGAAUGGUGGGUGAGAGCGUGGAGGCUAUUGGUGCAGGUGUUGGAGGGGGAAGCUCAGGAAACAAGAUGCCUACACUAGAGGAAUACGGAACCAAUUUAACCAAGCUAGCUGAAGAGGGUAAACUAAACCCUGUGGUUGGAAGGCAAGACCAAAUUGAACGAGUUACUCAAAUUUUGGGGCGGCAUACAAAAAAUAAUCCCUGUCUCAUUGGAGAACCUGGUGUUGGGAAAACAGCUAUUGCAGAAGGUCUAGCUCUGAGAAUUGCCAAUGGCGAUGUCCCCAAGACAAUUCAGGGGAAGAAGGUUAUUGCCCUGGAUAUGGGUCGUCUUGUUGCUGGGACAAAAUAUCGUGGUGAAUUUGAAGAAAGGUUGAAGAAGCUGAUGGAGGAAAUUAAACAGAGAGAUGAUAUUAUACUUUUUAUUGAUGAGGUGCACACAUUGAUUGGUGCAGGAGCAGGGCCAAUCGAUGCUGCUAACAUCUUGAAACCUGCUCUAGUUUGGGGUGAACUGCAGUGUAUUGGAGCUACUACCCUAGAUGAGUACAGAAAGCACAUUGAGAAGGACCCAGCACUAGAGCGACGUUUCGAGCCCGUCAAGGUCCGGGAACCUACAGUGGAUGAAUCCGUCCAGAUCUUGAAAGGGAUUCGAGAACGAUAUGAAAUCCAUCAUAAACUUCGUUACACUGAUGAAUCUUUAGUUGCUGCAGCCCAGCUGUCACACCUGUACAUCAGUGAUCGCUUUCUGCCCGACAAAGCAAUUGACUUGAUUGAUGAAGCUGGUUACCGGGUUCGACUCCGUCAUGCACAGCUCCAGGGGGAAGCCAGAGAGCUCGAGAAAGAGCUCAGACAAAUCACAAAAGAGAAGAAUGAGGCUGUCAUAAGUCAAGACUUUCAGAAGGCUGGGGAGUUACUUGACAGGGAAAUGGAUCUUACGGCACAGAUAUCUGCUCUCAUAGACAAAAACAAAGAGAUGGCCAAGGCAGAGAGCGAGGCUGGGGAUGGAGGUCCUGUUGUGACGGAAGUUGACAUUCGGCACAUAGUUUCUUCUUGGACUGGCAUACCUGUUGAGAAAAUUUCUACUGAUGAAUCUGACCGCCUCCACAAAACGGAGGAGAUACUUCACACUCGAGUCAUUGGGCAGGAUGAAGCUGUCAAAGCCAUCAGUCGUGCAAUCCGCCGUGCCCGUGUCGGACUCAAAAAUCCUAACCGGCCAAUUGCAAGCUUCAUCUUUUCUGGUCCAGAGGAGCUUGGUUAUAUCCGAAUCAAAAGCUUGGUAAAAGAGGAGCUGAAACAGUAUUUCAGGCCAGAGUUUUUGAAUAGAUUGGACGACGUGAUUGUCUUUCGGCAACUAACCAAGCUGGCGGUAAAGGAUAUAGCUUACAUUAUGCUAAAGGAGGUUUUAGAGAGACUGAAAGCCAAGGAUACAGAACUUCAGGUGACGGAGAGGUUUAGAGAUAGGGUGGUUGAGGAAGGAUACAACCCAAGCUACAGAGCGAGACCACUUAGACGAGCUAUUAUGAGACUUUUGGAAGUCAGCAUGGCUGAGAAAAUACUUGCAUCCGAGAUUAAAGAAGGCGACUCAGUGAUUGUUAACAAAAUUGUUCUCAAUGGUAGCAGUGGCACAUCUCCCAAGCCAAUUCCCUUGAAGAUUGAACCAUAUUUGACCUAUACAGAUUUGUCGUUUUUCAUUCUGAUUUACUUUCUUGUUAUUUCUUAG